GCUGCGUGCACCAGGAAGGACUGAAAGAUGUCAGGAGUUUGCACCGUUCAUGAUAAAAUGAGUGAUAUUUGAAUACAAAGUCAAAAGAAAAGUCCAGUCACAUCGUGUUGUGUAACCUAUCGAAGAUGAGUGGAGGUGAAAAGCAGAAGGAGCCCGGAGCCCUGAAGGCGGAGGGGAACACCCUCUUCAAGGCAGGAGACAUGCAGGGCGCUACCUGCUGCUACACUAAAGCGCUGAAACUAACCGACAGCCAGGCAGAUAGCGCUGUUUUAUACCGCAACAGAUCUGCCUGCUAUCUUAAACUUGAGGAAUACAGCAAAGCAGAGGCUGAUGCCUCCAAAGCUCUUGAUACAGACCCAGGUGAUGUGAAAGCCAGGUUUCGGCGAGCUCAGGCAUAUCAGAAGCUCGGUCGGCUCGACCAGGCUUUCCUGGAUGCUCAGAGAUGUGCCCAGCUGGAGCCCAAAACCCGAGCUUUCCAGGAUCUGCUCAGACAGUUGGGAACACAGAUCCAGCAGAAGUCAGCACAACUAAACUCCACAGAUGCUCGUGUGCAGCAGAUGUUCUCCGUCCUCUUAGAUUCCUCUGCUAAAGACUCAGAUCGACAAAAGGCAGCUCAGAAUUUAGUGGUAUUGUCCCGAGAUGAGGGAGGAGCCGAGCAGAUCUUCCGCAAUGACGGAGUGAAGCUGAUCCAGAAACUUCUUCUCUCAAGGCAGGAGGAUGUUGUCCUUUCUGCUCUCAGGACAUUAGUAGGCUUGUGCACAGGACAUCAGUCAAGAACUAUGGCCAUCGUGAAUGAGUUGGGAAUGGACCAGCUGUGUGCAGUAAUGGGGUCAGGAGCCUCCACUGUGUCUCUGGCUGCCUGCCACCUGCUGCAGGUGAUGUUUGAGGCUCUGACAGAGGGCAUGAACAGAGAGAUUAGAGGCAAAGAUGAAGCCAUACUUCCCGAACCAUCCAAGGAACUGCGUUCAAUGCUACGCCACCUUUUGGAAAUGAUGCCAGCACCUAAUGUGUCAGGGCCAGGCAGAGACAGCGCCAUCAACCUCCUGGUCAAGCAAGUACCUCGCAAGUCCUUGAAGAACCCUGACAAUUCCCUCGUGUUAUGGGUGAUAGACCAGGGGCUGAAGAAAAUCCUGCAGGUGGCUGGGACUGUUGCUGAGCUCUCAGAGGGACCUUCUCUUACAGAAAACACUCACAUGAGCUGUUCUGUGUUGCUUAGCAAACUCUACGACGACCUCAAGAGUGACAAAGAGAGGGAAAACUUUAAUAAACUUUGUGAAGAUUAUGUGCAGGAACACUUCAGACGACCCGGCCUAGAUGCCAAACUGCGCGCCAUUCAGACAGUUUCUGUGCUCCUCCAAGGACCGAGCGAUGUGGGCAACGUCACUCUGGAAAUGUCAGGAAUGAUGGACGCCGUCAUCUCUCUCUGCGGUUCAGAAGAUGUGACUCACCAACAGGUAGCCGUGGAGGCUCUUAUCCAUGCCGCAGGCAAGGCCAAAAGAGCCUCUUUCAUCACAGCCAAUGGCGUGGCACUCUUGAAGGACCUCUACAAGAAGAGCGAGAAUGACAGGAUACGUGUCAGAGCUCUUGUGGGCUUGUGUAAGCUUGGAUCAGCAGGAGGCACGGAUUUCAGCAUGAAGCAGUUUGCGGAGGGAUCCACGCUCAAGCUCGCCAAGCAGUGCAGGAAGUGGUUGUGUAAUGAGUCUCUUCCCCCGACGUCCCGUCGUUGGUCUGUGGAAGGUCUUGCCUACCUCACUUUUGAUGCUGACGUGAAGGAAGACCUAGUGGAAGACAAAUGUGCUCUCUUGGCCAUGUUUGACCUGGCAAAGUCUGAAGAUAAGACGGUACUCUUUGCUGUGGGCUCCACAUUAGUAAAUUGCACCAACAGCUGUGAUGUGGAGAAACCAGACCCUCAGAUGGUGGAGCUGGCCAAGUAUGCAAAGCAGCAUGUGCCUGAGGAGCAUCCAAAGGAUGCACCAUCCUUUGUAGAAAAAAGGCUAGUUAAGCUUCUGGAAGCUGGUGUUGUGUCUGCGUUGGUGUGCAUGGUCAAACAGGAGAGUCCUGCCCUCACGGAGGCCUGUAGGGAAUUUAUUGCCAGGGUUUUCCUGGCUUUAGUUGAACGACAGGAAGACAGAGGUGCAGUGGUGGCACAAGGUGGAGGAAAGGCUUUGAUCCCCCUCGCAACCGACAACACAAAUGUCGGAAAGGUCAAAGCUGCACAAGCCCUGGCAAAAAUAGCCAUCACAUCUAACCCAGAGAUCGCCUUUCCGGGAGAGAGGAUCUAUGAGGUGGUGAGACCAUUCGUAAACCUUUUGAAGCUGGAGUGCACCUUGCUGCAAAACUUUGAAGCUCUAAUGGCUCUCACCAACUUGGCCGGCAUCAGUGAAAGACUAAGACAAAAGAUCAUCAAGGAAAAAGCUUUACCAAAGAUCGAAGGCUACAUGUUUGAGGAGAACGAGCUUGUCCGAGCUGCUGCCACUGAGUGCAUGUGUAAUUUAGUUUUAACUGCAGAGGUGCAGAAGCUUUUCUUGGCCUCAGGGAACGAUCGCCUGAAGCUCCUCGUGCUUUACUGCGGAGAAGAGGAUGAAAGGCUCCGGAAAGCUGCUGCAGGCACUCUGGCCAUGUUGACUGCCGAACAGCCAGAGCUCUGCACUCGAAUCCCUGGAACUACAACCCACUGGCUCGAGAUUUUCCAGGCUCUGCUGCUAAGUGAAAUAUCCGAGCUGCGUCAUCGCGGCGUGGUCAUAGUCCAGAAUAUCAUGCAAGCAGAAAAAGGUCUGGCUGAGACUCUUAUGGAGAGUGAAGCUUUGGAGAUACUCACUGUCCUUGCAAAGGGAGGAGAGGGAAAAGCAGAUCCUGUUGCCAAGGUUGCCCAGAACUGUUUGGAUAAAGCACUGGAGUAUGGCAUCAUCCGAAGCAGGGAAGGUGGAUUAGAAACGAGCAAAGGAACUGAGCCCUGAAAAACACAGCUACAGUGUGUGGAUGUGCCUUUUGGAAGUCUUAAGUAGUUAAAAAAAUGUGGUGAAAAAUGAAGACAUUUUCAUUUUUGCCAUCGAGUUCUUAAAAGGAUUUCUCUCAUUAAACAAAAAUGGUUAAAAAGCAAUAAGAAAUUAAUUGAAGUAGGUUCUACAAUUUCAACACAUAGAAGAUAUGUGGUCACAAAUAACCUUUAAUAGAACCUGACACACUCUCGCGGUCUUAUAAAGUUUCUUUGACAUGUUGUCAACAUCCAGCAGGAUUACUGUACCAAAGCUCCCUUGCAGGUCACCUUUAGAGCAUUUUUCUUUGCAGACAAUUUUAGGGCGAGUAUCGAAAGACUUACUCCAAUUCCUCCACUUUCUCUCAGGGUGUGUUAUAAAAAUGUAUGCAAUCCUUGCCCGUUUACAACAGAAAAACUGAGCUCAGACUAGCAUUCGGAAUAAAACUCAGUUUUAUUUUCUCUCACAUUUCCUUUGUCCACGGUUUGAGCAUAGGCCACAGGUAACAAUCCGUGUUUAAGCUAAAUCUUGUCAUGUACUGAUGUGAUCUUAGUAAUUAAACAUUACACUGCAGAAACAAAGCUGAUUAAUAUAAUUGCUACUCAGUUGAAUAGCAGUCCAGUCUCACGUUAUUAUUCAUUACAUAUUGGCACCAUAAGUCACUUCAGUGAGGUCUAUUUGUUUGCAUUUCCAUACAGUUUUUAAAAGAUCUCUUUUACUGUCAAAUUAUUAGAUACAGAUGCUGUUUUCCACAAAAGGCAAUUUUUGUCCUGACUUGUUUGGCUGUUCCACACAUUCUUACAAAAUUCCUAUUCCUUGGUUAUUAAUCUAUACUGUUUGUUUUAUCCACACAAAGUAUAUGGUUUGUUCUCCUAAAUCUUACAAAGAAAUGUAUUAUUUUGCACCAGCUGAAAUUGUCAUGUAUUUCUGGUUUCAGUUUUGCCAUUUCCGCUACAUUCCUGGUGUGUUUUGUAUUUUAUCAUUUAUACUGAAGACAUGAAAAAUAACGAAAAUAAACUUUCUGCGCCAUAA